AUGACGUCAGAAAACCCUAAUUCCACCCAACCCUACCAUAAAAUCAAUACAAACCCUAUCCCUUCAGCCCCUCCACUCCCCUCAACAUCAAACCCUAAACAACCACCACCAUCAUCAUCACCAUCAUCAUCAUCUUCAUCGUCCCCACCACGUUACCCGACCGUCGACCACAACGACGUGGUCGAAAACGCCUCCCCAGACUCCCCAUGCAGCCCGAAUUCGCCACACAAUGCAUCCGAAUCAGCUGAAGACGCGAUCAUAUCGAUCCCGGGCGCGUAUCUACAUUUGAUCGAUAAACAUCACAGCGUGGAGCUAGCCAUGGGAUAUUUCUCCAUAAUGCAGUUACGUCAAGGUAACACUGUGGUUACAAUUUUCGCCCGUGUUGGUAAUGAGAUCCAAUGGCCGUUAAACCGAGACGGUACGUGCGUUAAGCUCGACCGUACUCAUUACUUUUUUUCGAUCAGGGCUCCGAAAGAACACGAAAACGAUGAUGACAUGUUAAAUUACGGAUUAACAUUCGCGUUAAAAGGUCAGGAAGACGCACUGAAAGAUCUGGAUGAGUUGUUGGAGAUGUACAGCCGGUUUUCGUUUGGGAGAGUGGAGGAGAAGAAUGGGGCUUUGGAUGUAUCAAUGGUGGAAAGUAUGAGUCCGAGUGAUUUGAAAUCGGAUUCGAAGAAGCGGGUGAUGGAGCAGAGUUGUAGGGCGUAUUGGACUACGUUAGCGCCGAAUGUGGAGGAUUAUAGUGGGACAGCUGCGAAGUUAAUCGCGGUUGGUUCUGGGCAUCUUGUGAAAGGGAUUUUAUGGUGUGGUGAUGUUACGGUUGAUAGAUUGAAGUGGGGAAAUGAGGUUUUGAAGAUGAAGAUUGGCCCUGGGACUGAUAGAGCAGUUAGUCCAAAGACUUUGAAGAAUAUUAGAAGGGUUAAUAAGGUGACAAAGAUGACGGAGAAAGUUGCAGGCGGAGUUCUCUCGGGCGUUUUGAAGAUUACUGGAUACGUUGGUACUUCUGUUGCGAAUUCUAAACUCGGCAAGAAGUUCUUCAAGUAUGUGCCUGGAGAAAUGGCUCUGGCUACUUUGGAUGGAUUUAGCAAGGUUUGCGAUGCUUUUGAAGUUUCGGGAAGGAAUGUAAUGUCAACCUCGUCUACAGUUACCACGGAUAUCGUCACCUACAAAUAUGGAGAAGAGACAGCUAAGGCAACAAAUGAAGCGCUUGAUGCAGGGGGUCAUGCGAUAGGAGCUGCGUGGACGGUUUUUAAAAUAAGAACCGCGGUGGUGAACCCGAGAGGUGUUUUAGCACCAGUUGUACUUGGAAAAGGUGGUAUUAGGGGCCAAACCGAAGAGAUGAAGGCUAAAGCCAUCAAAGAUAUGAAAGCUAAAGAGUCACCUAAAAAGCACAAAGAUUCACCUAAAAAGCACAGUGAAUUCACGGUUUGGUUCGAUCCGAUUCGACCUAAUUUCUGGGCCGAGCUGGUUAGAAACAUGUUUAUUACACGUGGUAGAACCAAUGAAAUAUUAGACGAUUAUUAG